UGAACCAUUCGUCCCUUCCACUCCUUUUGCUUGCCCAUCACUUGCAAACAUCUUUCCUUCUAUCUCACUCAUCACCCAAACCCAACUCGAUCACAUAUUCACAUGGAGGAGCUCGGAAUCAAACCUGCCGCCACUUCAGAGGCUACCUUGAAGCAGAAGGAGGCUGGAAACAAUAUCGACCAACCCGAGCAGGGACCUCUGGCGCAUCUAGCCUCAAACGAUCUCUACACUCGCUACAAAAACCUGCAGCGUCACCUGGAAUUUCUGCAGCUUCAGGAGGAAUACAUCAAGGAUGAGCAAAAGAAUCUAAAGCGAGAACUGAUCCGCGCACAAGAGGAGGUCAAGAGGAUUCAGUCAGUCCCCUUAGUCAUUGGACAGUUCCUGGAGCCGAUCGACCAGCAUACAGGUAUUGUUUCCUCGACAACUGGGGCCCAACAUGUCGUCCGGAUUCUCAGCACGAUCGAUCGCGAGCUUCUCAAGCCUUCGUGCUCUGUUGCGCUUCAUCGCCACUCGAAUGCUCUGGUCGAUGUCUUGCCACCAAAUGCGGACUCGAGUGUUGAGAUGCUCGGACAGGACGAGAAACCCGAUGUGACCUAUGCAGAUGUCGGUGGACUGGAUAUGCAGAAGCAGGAGAUCAGGGAAGCCGUCGAACUGCCCCUCACUCACUUCGACCUUUACCGCCAGAUUGGUAUCGACCCCCCGCGUGGAGUUUUGCUCUAUGGACCUCCUGGAACUGGCAAGACUAUGCUGGUUAAGGCCGUCGCCCAUCAUACCUCAGCAUCAUUCUUCCGAAUGGUCGGAUCAGAAUUUGUACAGAAAUAUCUUGGAGAGGGUCCAAGGAUGGUCAGAGAUGCGUUCAGGAUGGCACGCGAGAAUUCGCCUGCCAUUAUUUUCAUCGAUGAGGUCGAUGCCAUCGCAACAAAACGUUUCGAUGCUCAAACAGGGGCGGAUCGUGAGGUCCAGCGUGUGCUUUUGGAAUUGUUGAACCAAAUGGACGGUUUCGAUCAAGGCUCAAAUGUCAAGGUCAUCAUGGCCACCAACCGUGCCGAUACAUUGGAUCCCGCCAUCCUGCGUCCCGGUCGUUUGGAUCGUAAGAUCGAGUUCCCCACACCUGAUCGUCGCCAGAAGCGCUUGAUCUUUGCAACCGUUACCGCCAAGAUGAACCUUUCAGACGAAGUUGAUCUGGAAGACUUCGUCUCUCGACCAGACAAGUUGUCAGGAGCAGAAAUUGCGGCCAUUUGCCAGGAGGCUGGUAUGCAUGCAGUCCGCAAGAACCGUUAUGUUAUUCUGGCUAAAGAUUUGGAGAAGGGAUACAAGAGCAACGUGAAGAAGACAGACACCGACUUUGAGUUCUACAAGUAAAACGUUUUGAAGCAAUAUUUCAAAUAAAUAUAUGGCUACAUGGAAUUCAAC